AUGUUCUCUAGAAUAAAAUCCGUUUUAAUUGACCUUAGCGGGACUUUGCACAUUGAGUCAAGCGAAGUACCGGGCUCAAUUGAAGCAUUGAAGAGAUUAAAGAGUUCAAACUUAAAGUAUCUCUUUGUGACAAAUACGACAAAGGAAAGCCAAAAUGUGCUUCACUCACGACUAACCAAGCUGGGCUUUGACAUUGAAAAGGAGAAAAUUUUCACAUCAUUGCUAGCUGCUGUUGAUUUCAUCAAAAGGGAACAAGUAAGGCCACAUUUGAUGUUGGAGGAUGCUGCACUUGAAGACUUUCAGGAUGUCUUGACGACGACUUCCAAUGACAGCAAAGGCGAAGCCGUUGUUGUCGGACUUGCUCCAUCGCACUUUAAUUACGACGCAAUGAAUGUUGCUUUUGCUAAGCUUCUCUCCGGCGCGAGGCUUGUGGCAAUUCAUCAAGGCCGCUACUUUCAAACACAAAAAGGCCUGUCACUGGGUCCUGGUCCGUUUGUAAAGGCGCUGGCCUAUGCUGCUGACAUAAAGCCUGAAAGUGUGGUCGUUGUUGGCAAGCCAUCUCGUGAUUUCUUUCUGAGUGCCCUCAAAGCACUUGACCCGUCUUUGCUGCCUGAAGAGGCAGUCAUGAUUGGCGAUGAUGUCCGCGACGACGUUGCUGGAGCAAUGGCCACCGGCAUGCAGGCCAUUCUCGUUCGCACCGGCAAAUAUCGUUCCGGUGAUGAAGGCAAAAUAUCACCAGCUCCGAGUCUGACUGCGGCCACCUUCAGCGACGCUAUUAACGCCAUCCUAUUGGCUAAAUAA